CUGUACCUACAUGAUUAUCACGGAAUAUUUGUGAUAGGCCACCUUCCUAUCUUCUGAUAAUAUUGAUAAGUGCAGCAGUCUUUGUAUGGACGUACGACGCGUAUGUGAAAGUAGUUGAAAAAUGUUAAAAUUUUUGGUGAGGUGAAUCUCAAUAAUUGUGGUUCGAGAUGGCUGAUCGUAUUCAGUUAGCCAAUCUCGUUUGGCUGAAGCCAGAAGGGAAAAGCGAGUUUGACAUCCCAAUAGCGGUGAAAGUUCUCCAAAGUUCGGCUGAACAGAUCAGGGUGCAAGAUGACGAUGGGAAUAUCUCCACGGUGGCCAUCAGCAGGGUUCUCAAGCCUCUGCACGCCACGUCGGUGUCGGGGGUUGAAGACAUGAUCACCCUGGGGGAACUCCAGGAGUACACAAUUCUCAGGAACCUCCAUCUGCGGUACAACCAGCAACUUAUUUACACAUACACAGGCACAAUGUUAAUAGCUAUCAACCCUUACGAGAUACUGCCCAUCUACACCAUGGAUCAGAUACACUUUUACCAAGGGCGAAGCGUGAGCGAGGUGCCGCCACACAUAUUCGCUAUUGGCGAAAACUCGUACAGAGAGCUCAUGGACACUGCUUCUAAUCAAUGUAUCGUCAUCAGUGGCGAGAGUGGUGCCGGAAAAACAGAAAGCACAAAGCUUCUUCUGCAAUACCUCGCUGCUGCCAGUGGGAAGCACUCAUGGAUCGAACAACAAAUACAAGAAACAAACCCAAUACUAGAAGCGUUCGGUAACGCCAAAACCGUUAGAAACGACAACUCCUCUAGAUUCGGGAAAUAUAUCAACAUAUACUUCAGCGGCAAAGGAGUAAUAGAAGGCGGGAACAUAGACCAGUAUCUGUUAGAGAAAUCAAGGAUAGUUUCUCAAAAUAAAGGGGAGAGGAAUUAUCACAUUUUCUACUCUCUAGUAGCAGGAUUGUCAGCUGAAGAAAAGAAAAGGCUGGAAUUGGGCCGGCCCGAAGACUACACCUAUCUAAAUUCUGGCAAUAUGCUCACUUGCGACGGCCGCAAUGAUAGCCUAGAAUUUGCUGAUAUACGAUCUGCGUUCAAAGUUCUCAACUUCCCCGAUAAAGACGUUUGGGGACUCUUCAGCUUGCUGGCCGCUAUUUUACACAUCGGCAAUCUAAAGUUCAAAUCCUUCAACUUCAACAACAUUGAAUCUUCAGAAAUUUCUGAUGCCGUCAAUGCCGGCAGAAUUGCUACUCUUCUGGGAGUGAACAAGUCGACGCUGUGUGAAUCGUUGACCAGGAAAACGAUUGUUGUCCAUGGUGAAAAGAUUGUCUCCACCAUCACCAUAUCUUCAGCCUUAGAAGGCAGAGAUGCGCUCGUAAAAGCCAUUUAUGGACAUAUCUUUGAGUACAUUGUAGAGAUGAUAAACAAAACACUUCACAAAGACCAACAACUUUCUAGUGGAUCUGUAGGAAUUCUGGAUAUUUUUGGAUUCGAAAACUUUGAUUCAAACAGCUUUGAACAGCUGUGUAUAAACUAUGCAAAUGAAAAUUUGCAACAGUUUUUUGUGAGACACAUUUUCAAACUUGAACAAGAGCAAUACGAGAAAGAGGGCAUCACCUGGACUAAUAUCAAUUAUGUCGACAAUCAAGAGAAUCUUGAUAUGAUUGGGCUGAAACCAAUGAAUCUGCUCACUCUGAUUGAUGAAGAGUCAAGAUUCCCUAAAGGCACUGACCUGACACUUUUGUCCAAAUUGACGACUAACCACAGUACAAGAUCUUGUUACUUGUCUCCGAAAUCUACGCAUGAACAUCGAUUUGGAGUUAAACAUUUUGCUGGUGAUGUCUUCUACAAUGUUAAAGGUUUUUUGGAUAAAAAUAGGGACAUGUUAACAACGGACAUCAAGGAGAUGAUGAUGGACUCCAGCAAUACAUUCCUAAAGAAUUUGUUCAUCGCAGAGACUGCGCCAACUCAAAGCGGCCGCAAAGUUGUCUCUUUGAGUUAUCAGUUUAAGACUUCACUAGAUGCUCUAAUGAAAACUCUAUAUGCCUGCCAUCCGUUCUUUGUCAGAUGCAUCAAACCAAAUGAAGUCAAAAAACCAAAACUCUUAGAUCGCGGUUUAUGCGUUCGACAAUUGAGAUACGCGGGUCUGAUGGAGACCGCAAAAAUAAGACAAGCGGGAUACCCCAUACGCUACUCGUAUGCAGAGUUUGUCUACCGGUACCGCCUCAUAGUGCCCGGUAUACCGCCGGCAGAAAAAACUGACUGCAAGAAUGCCACGAAGAAGAUUUGCAGCGAAGUAUUGCCAGACCAAGAAUUUCGACUUGGGCAUACUAAAGUAUUCCUCAAAGAUUCACACGACGCUAUCCUCGAAGAAUUAAGACACAAAGUGCUUAUGACUGCAGUUAUCAAAGUUCAAGCCAAUGCAAGAAGGUUUAUCCACAGGAGAAGAUUCCUUAAAUUGCGAGCGGCUGCUAUUUCGAUACAGAAGCAUUUCCGAGCUCGAGGAUACAGGAAGAGGUAUCUUGUGAUGAGGAGAGGGUACCUGCGAAUGCAAGCUGCUAUAAAGUCCAGGCAAUUAAGAAGGACUUUCGUCAACUUGAGGAAGUUCUUCUCGAAACUGCAGGCGUGUUCUAAGGGUUUCCUUGUAAGAAAAUUGAUUCACGACAAGGGUGUAAUCUUAAGAGCAAAGUUAAAAGAAUUUAAAAAGGAGAAGGAUGAUGAAAUAAGAUCUGGUACGUCAGAAGCCAAGGCGGCUGAUAAUCAUGAGAAGAAGUAUAAUGAACUUAUGAGAUCAAUAUGGAUCAUUAAGGACGUUUCGCUAGAGGGUAAUGUUCAAAACGCAACGGUGAUUGAUGAUAGAUACGUUGAUGACGUUUUCGGUUUUUUGAAGGAUACGACGACGCCUGCUGGCACAGUGAGGGGUACAGGUUUCGGAGUGACCACAACGGCUAAGCCAGAGAUAACGAGCGUCAUUCCCAUACCACAAGCUCCAGAAGAAGAACCGUUCGAUGAGUUCAACUUCAGAAAGUUUGCAGCAACAUACUUCUUAGGCAACUUGAGCCAUCUGUAUUCCCGAAGACCGCUCAAACAUUCCCUACUGGACUUGCCGUCUCCCAUUGACAAAAUAGCUGCGCAGGCGCUUUGGAUAACCAUUCUGCGAUUUAUGGGUGACUUAGCUGAACCUAAAUACGUAGAUGAUAAGGUUGAUAACGUUCCCGUUAUGUCGAAAUUAACAGAUACGAUCGGACGCGCCUUCCAAAAGACUAAAGAAUUUGAAGAUAUUCUAAUGAAGGACAACUACCAGAGCAACCCAAAACUGAUACAGAAGACUCUGAAGCGUCAAACCAAAUUGAAUGAAGAAUUUAUGAAGAGUUUAUUAAAUGAUGAAGUUACCAACGAUAUGUACAGCUCUUGGCUAAACUCACGACGAAGUACUAACUUAGAAAAGUUGCACUUCAUUGUCGGCCAUGGUAUCAUCAGAAAAGAACUAAGGGAUGAAAUAUACUGCCAACUAUGUAAACAGCUAACAAAUAACCCAUCCAAAGCGUCUCAUGCCAGAGGCUGGAUUCUUCUAUCGCUUUGUGUCGGUUGCUUCCCGCCUUCGGAGAGAUUCGUUAAGUAUUUACGAUCUUUCCUACGCGAUGGACCUCCAGGCUAUGCACCAUACUGCGAGGGAAGACUCCUACGAACCUUCAAGAAUGGCACCCGAACCCAGCCACCAAGUUGGCUUGAAUUACAAGCCACUAAGACAAAGAAACCCAUCCUUUUAACUGUCACUUUGAUGGACGAAUCCAUGAAGACUGUCCAAUCUGAUUCAGCCACGACAUCAGAAGAAAUAUGCCAGCAAAUAGCUGACAGCAUCGGUUUGACUGAUACAUUUGGGUUCUCAUUAUACAUAACACUGUAUGACAAGGUACUCUCUUUAGGAAGCGAGGGAGAACACAUUAUGGACGCAGUGUCCCAAUGCGAGCAAUUUGCGAAAGAACAAGGAACUCCAGAGAAGAGUGCACCAUGGAGAUUAUUCUUCAGGAAAGAGGUGUUCACGCCGUGGCACAAUCCAAGUGACGAUCCAAUUGCCACCCAUUUAAUAUACUGUCAAGUAGCAAAGGGUGUUAAAUUCGGUGAAUACCGAUGUGACUCAGAAAAAGACUUAGCAAUGAUAGCAGCUCAGCAACACUAUAUCGAAUAUGGCGCGCGUAUCGACCCCAAUGUAUUACGGAAAGUUAUCGUCAAUUAUAUACCCAACCAGUUCAUUCAAUCAAACGAUGCUGCUUUAACUAAAUGGGAGCAUCUCGUCACAAAAGCUUUCGAGUCAGCCCAGAGCGUUAAAUCGAAAGUAGACCCCCUGAACUGCAAGGAAGAUAUCGUUAUUUUUGCAAAAUUGAAAUGGCCUAUGCUAUUUUCUAGAUUUUUCGAAGCAGUUAAAAUUAAGGGUGAGAAUAUAAACAAGGAUAUAGUAAUUAUCGCAGUCAAUUGGACUGGUGUUUACAUUGUGGAUCAGCUAGAGCAAAUACUCCUCGAAAUAUCAUUUUCUGAAGUGACGUAUGUAGCAUACAACGAGGACCCGGAUUUCGAAAAUUUGGGAAGAAUCACGAUAAGGACUAUUCAACAAGAAGAAUUCGUGUUCCAGAGCAUGGAUGCGAGCGAAAUGAGUGCGCUUAUCAUUUAUUUGAUUGAUGGGCUGAAGAGACGUUCCAUUUAUGUUGUUGCCCAAACUGAUUCUCAGGGCUACAGUGAUGCAUCCUCGUUCUUGCAAUACAAAAAGGGUGAUCUCAUCACUCUCUUGCAAGACUGCACCGGAGAAACACUAAUGAACUCCACUUGGGGUCACGGUAUUUGCAAUGAUCAAGAAGGUCUAUUCCCAACAGAACAAGUGUAUAUCUUACCUACUAUGACAGCGCCUUCUAAUACAAUACUAGAGAUAUUCAAGAAGGGCAACAUAAAUAACGACAGAAAGACUCCUUCCAAAUAUAAUACUAUUCAGAGGAAACGUAUGCAUACGCUUGAGAAGUUCGCCAAGGAACACUUCAGAGAAGACAUUGAUAUAAAUACUACUAUAUCUCGACAGUCGACUUUGACUACUGCAAAGAGAGCAGUGGCUCCUGAUCUGUGGGCUCACUCUAGAGAACCGCUCCGUAGACCACUUUUGCGGAAGUUGCAAGAUGAAAAUGUUGCUAAAAUUGCGGUCGCAGCAUUCUUUGGUAUACUGAAGUAUAUGGGCGAUAUGCCAGCUCCGAAAGCGAGGACUGCCACUGAGUAUACGGAUGAAAUAUUCCGAGCACCUCUAACGGAGCCUGCGCUUCGCGAUGAAAUAUACUGCCAGAUCAUGAAACAGCUGACGAAUAACAGAAUCCAGCUGAGCGAGGAACGUGGCUGGGAACUGAUGUGGCUGGCCACAGGGGUGUUCUCUUGCGGACAAUUGUUACAAAAAGAAUUAGUGGAAUUCUUGAAGACCCGCCCGCAUCCUAUAGCUAAAGAAUGUUUGAAACGACAUUUCAAGAUACAGAAAUGUGGAUCUAGAAUUUACGCCCCUUACGUCGUGGAGGUAGAAGCUAUUCAGCAUAGAAGUAUGCAGAUAUACCACAAGGUUUAUUUCCCCGACGACACCGAUGAGGCAUUCGAGGUGGAUUCUUCCACGAAGGCGAAAGAACUAUGUGAACAAAUAACUGGCCGACUCAGUCUGAAGAAUAGUGAUGGGUUCAGUUUGUUUGUAAAGAUUGCAGAUAAAGUAUUUUCCGUGCCAGAAAACUACUACUUCUUCGAUUUUGUGUACGAGUUAGUGGAAUGGAUGAAACAAACCCGGCCUGUACGAGGCGCUGGAAGCCAAGUGCAAAUGAACUAUCAAAUAUUCUUCAUGAAGAAACUCUGGAUAAACACUCUUCCGGGCAAAGACAAGAAUGCUGAUCAAAUCUUCUACUACCCACAAGAGCUGCCCAAGUAUUUGCGGGGAUACCACAAGACGUCAAAACAAGAUUUGGUGGAAUUGGCGGCUCUCGUCUACAGAGCUCGGUUUGGCGGUGAUCAGACAUUGCUCCCACAAAUAACACAAAUGCUCGAGGAUUUCAUACCUUCUGACAUGGUUAGGAUACAAACGAACUCCCAGUGGAAAUCAUCCAUCAACACUGCUUACUUACAACAAGGCAAUAUGACAGCAAAUGAAGCGAAGGAGAAUUUCCUAAAAAAAAUUUAUCAGCUGCCGACUUUCGGUACUGCUUUCUUUGAAGUGAAGCAAACUUCUGACCCCUCGUAUCCAGAAAUGGUUGUAAUAGGAAUCAACAAAAAUGGCGUCAGUGUGAUUCAUCCUCAAAGUCGGGAGGUCCUCGUAACGCAUCCGUUCUCUCAACUCUCAAACUGGUCUUCUGGCAACACGUUCUUCCACAUGACGAUGGGCAACAUCCUUCGCGGAACCAAGAUCCUCUGCGAAACGUCACUUGGAUACAAGAUGGACGACCUCAUAUCGUCAUACAUUGCUGUUCUGAGACAAACGAUGGCCUCAAAAUCAAAAGCUCAAUAAAAUUUUGUAUGAAAAGAAAUGUAAAUUUAUAGACGUAAUGUUUGUAUCUAAGUAAUAAAAUUAUAAUAGAUCCAUA